UCCCCCUUCACUCUGCCUGCUGUGUGUAAGAAUAGAAACGACAGAAACAGUGAAGGUACAGAGGAUGAGAAAGUGAUUGUUACUCUCCACAGAUCUGGGCUCAGUGACACACAGACGUAUGGAUCCUCUGAUGCUCCUGUUUCUUCUCAUUGCUGGGCUCACAGGUGCUGACAGUGUGUCCUCAGUGGGACGGGUGUCUGUACAGAGUGGAGGAUCUGUCACCAUCCCAUGUUCCUAUGAUGGCAGAUAUAAAACACAUGUGAAAUACUGGUGCAGAGGGAGUGGCUGGAGUUCAUGUACUUACAUAGUACGCAGUGACUCUCCACAGAAGGAUGAAGUGUCAAUCAGUGAUGAUCCUGACCAGUCAGUCUUCACUGUGACCAUGAACAAUCUGACAGCUGGGGACUCUGGUUACUACUGGUGUGGUGUGGAGAUCAGCAGAGGUUCAGCUGUGGGAACACGGAUUUACCUGUCAGUUACUGAGGGUUCCCCAGGGCUGUCUGUGGACAAACAGGAGAUGACAGGUGUGGAAGGAGACAGCGUCAGUGUUCAGUGUCGAUAUGAAUACUAUUACAGGGAAUUGUCAUGGUGUAAGAUGGGGGGCUCCUGUGCAUCAGAGGGAUCUGGGAGUUUGGAUGGGAGGCCUGUCCUGAUCACGGAUGACACAGUAAAUAAAGUCUUCAGUGUGACAAUGAGGGGACUGGAGAGGAAGGACACAGGCUGGUAUUGGUGUGAUAAUGGAAACCAGCAGAUCCCAGUUCAUAUUACUGUCAAUCAGAGAACUACAACCACAACCAGCACUGAACAAACCAUCAGGGCUUCUGCUGCUGUAUCUACCACCAAAAUGGUCCUACAGACAGUCUCAGUGCAUGAUGAAGAAGGAGAGAAUAAUGAAAAACAGAAGUGGGAGCAGGUUCUGGAUGCUGCACUGAAAGCUGGGACUGGUGUGUUGUAUCUGAUUUGCACCAUCAUCGCCAUUCAGCUGCACUGGAGCUCCUGUAAAAAGAGGGGAACCAAUCAGAGAGAAGCAGAGGGAGGGGCCAAUACAAACCAUGGGUCAUAGGAAAUUCUGAAUAAAUAUACAAGCUUGGUAAUCCUGUUAAUAUGAUUAGCAUGCAGCCUCUAUUAGUGCAUAUAAAUGAACAAACCUCAAGGCUGUAUCAGCAGGGUUAUGCUGUGCUCAUAUGAAAUGUGUCUUUAUAUUUCAGCAGCAUUUCAGUUUAUGCUCUAGUAAUUUUUUGUACAUAAAUCUCCCCAGAUCAGAGGUUGCUGGGAGGCGGAAUGACCUUAGUGGUGCAGAAUGACUCAGAAUAGCUGUAAAAUAAAUGGUUAUGCUAACUGCAGUGAGGUCUCUCUCACACGGCCCUGCUCAGUCUGUCCAGUCAUACCAUGAGAGUCAGUUAAACACAGAGGGUUUGGUCUGUAGUGUUGGAUUAUCUGCUGGGAAGCCAUGCGGCCGGUGCUUUGUAUGGCUGAUGGCCUCUUCUUCACAAGGACUUUGCUGCCACCUGCUGGUUACACUCACACCUUUGUAAUUCUGCUUCACUUGGCUGUCUUAUCACUGUAGCAUAAAGAGUUAAAAAUAAUUUACUCAUUAGUGAAACUAAAUUAAUUGUUCUGAUUUAAUAAAUCAUUGAUAAGGAUAUGGUUUACUGUAUAUUUUGUAUUUUUCUGGAGUUAUUAAAAUGAUUAAAAGAGAAUGAAUAAUUUUCCAAACUUGAAGUGAAAGCGUCUUCUCUGCAGUUGUGGGUUCGAGGCUCUCCAAAGGUCAGCUUCAGCUCUGUUUGACAUUUUGAGUCUUCGUUUUGUUCCCCUUGUUAUUUUGCAAUCAUGUUAUUUUUGUAUUGGUCCUUGUUUUUAUAUCUGUUUCUGACUGAGCACAAUAUGAACUUAUUCUGAAUGUCCUGUGUAUAACACAAUAUUC